ACAACAGGCUGCGCCAUUCUCCCGAAACACAAACAUAGCUCCUCUCCUCCUGUGCGCGCUCACCGUUGCACAGUAUCCAUCCAUAACCAACCAUAAGAGCGCAGCGCAACAGGAUCAGUACGGGUUGCGCUAGCUUAUUAGGCAAGCGAGGGAGUAGUAGGCAGGCACUGUGCAGGAGGUGAUCCAUGGCAAGCACGGUGGAGUCGCCGACGAGCUCGUGCGUGUCGUCGGACACGGAGGAGGAGGCCGCGGCGGUGACGAAGCCGAUGGUGGUGGUGGGGUGCCCGCAGUGCCUCAUGUACGUGAUGCUGUCGGGGGCGGCCGAGGAGCAGCCCAGGUGCCCCCGGUGCAAGAGCCCCGUGCUGCUGCACUUCCUCCACGGCGCCGCCGCCGACGUCGCCAGCACCAACAGGCAGCAGCCCAGCAAGAGCUAGCCAGCCAAGAUGCCGCUGCUUGGUCUCUGCGUGCUGCCUGCUGAUCAACCGCUAGCUUCUCCUGCCAUCGAUCUCCACCAUGUUCUAACUCCGUGUAUUCUGAUGCACUCUGUAUUCUUUUUCCAUUUUUGUCGACGAUAAAUCUUUUACAGCCUGGUGCAAUUGGUUCGGUUUUA